AUGGCGGCCUCCCCACCACGCCCACCCCCCUCCCCUUCCGAUUCCCGCGCCCUGCCCGCCCCCACGCCGCCAAAAGCGGUGACACCGCCCACCGCCUCCUCCUCCCCGUUCGUUCGGCUACCGUUGCGCCGCAGCCGCAGGUCGCCAUUAAGUCCUCUGCGCUUUUUGCCCGGCGUGCGUCCUCUUGGUUCUUCUUGCACAACUCUGCUGCUGCUGCUGCUGGUUUCCUCCAGCUCUGUUUUUUCUUCCGUUCUUUUCCUCCUGUCAGUCCUGGUCAAAUCCAUCCUCCAUUCCUCCUGGAUCGCUUUUGGAAAUUCCCGCGGGCUGCCGUUCUUGGUUUGUGUUCUUGGUGGUAUUAAUCUGGAGAUCCAAUCACUUGGGGACGAGAUCAAGACCGCCAAGAAACAGAACGGGCAAAAGCCGGCAUCGCCAAGCUUAACAUCAGAGGUUGCCGCGUCGCUCAUGGCGAUGGAGUUGGAGACGGACCACCUCGCCAGGCGGCAGCAGAGCAGGAGGCAGGCCAAGGGCCAGCAGCAGCAGCAGCAGCAGCGCCAGAACGCGCCGUCGCCCAAGCCUCCUGCUCCGGCGGCGGCGGCAGCGGGCGGGCUGAGCGCCGAGGCGUUCCUGGCGCUGGCGUGCGUGGCCGUGUCGCUCGUCGUGCUGCCGCUCGUCCUGCCGCCGCUGCCGCCCCCGCCGCCGCUGCUGCUGCUCGUGCCCGUCUGCCUGCUCCUGCUCCUCGCCGCGCUCGCCACCUUCGUGCCGUCGGCGGAUGUCAGGACCAUGGCGUCCUCCUACUUGUAACUAGCUCACUAGUUGUUUAGUGAGAGUUUAUGCAUAAUUAAUUCUUUCUUUUUUGUUCCCGCCGGCCCUUUUCUUCUGUGUAUAUGGAUAAAAUGAGUGUAAUGAUGAAAUGGAAAUCUUGUUCUUUUGUUUGUUUGUAUUUUUCUUUUUCUGAAACAGAGAUUCAUGAACAAAUUAUACUAGUA